AUGGCUACAUUCGAGACCAAGGAUCAGCCCGCUCACGCCAUCGAGGACGAGCGCUCACAAGAACCGCCGAACGAUGAAGUUCCGGACACGAAAUCAGGUGUUCGCCUUACGAAGAAUGAAGUCUUGGCCAGUGCAAAAUACAGGACUGGCGACGUGGUGCAUACGGCGACAAUUACAAACGGCCAACGUAUCAAGAGUAUUUUUACCAUUCACGCCGCGGUUUACAACCCCAAGGGCUGGGUGGAAUACCAGGUGCUAGAUUCUCUCUCGCAUCAGCUGUACAGACACGGUGCUGGUAUCCGUGAGAAGGAUCUGAGGCCCGGUGCCUGA